AUGGCACCUCACAAGCAAGAUGAAGCCUAUGCUUCGGCACAGAAAGACCCGUCCAAGUUCUGGACACAUCAGGCACAACAGAUAUCCUGGCACAAGAAUCCCCAGACCGCGUACAAGAGUACUACGAAGAAGCUACCAUCGGGCGUCGAGCAUGAGAGUUGGCAGUGGUUUCCAGAUGGAGAACUAUCGACGUCGUAUAACUGCGUUACGCGACAUGUGGAAGCAGGCAAUGGCGACAACAUAGCUAUCAUAUGGGAUAGUCCGGUUACCGGCAGAAAAGAGAAGAUCAGCUAUGCGAAGCUUGAUGAGGAAGUAUGCAUCCUAGCUGGAGCGCUUCGGGAAGAGGGAGUCCAAAGGGGUGAUGUGGUGAUAAUUUACAUGCCCAUGAUACCCGCUGCGUUGAUUGGAAUGCUUGCGGUUGCCCGUCUGGGAGCUGUGCAUGCUGUAGUCUUCGGUGGAUUCUCAGCGUCCUCAUUGGCCCAGAGAAUUGAUUCCAGCAGGCCCAAGGCAAUCCUAACGGCCAGCUGUGGUAUUGAGGGUUCCAAGGGCCCUCUCCCAUAUCAGCCCAUGGUACGAGGAGCGAUCGAUCAAGCGGAGCACAAACCUUCGAAGGUGUUGGUCUGGCAGCGGGAUGAGCACAGAUGGAACGAUAUUAAUCGGCUUGAAGGAGAAAGGACUUGGCAACGAGUCGUGAAAAGUGCAAGAGAUCGUGGUGUGCGGGCGGAGAAUGUUGCCAUCAAUAGUAAUGACAGCCUUUACAUUAUUUACACUUCUGGUACCACUGGACUUCCCAAAGGAGUUGUUCGCGAAGCAGGAGGUCACGCCGUCGGACUAAACUUUACAGUUCGCUACGUUUUUGGUAUUCGAGGUCCAGGGGAUGUCAUGUUCACAGCCAGUGACAUAGGAUGGGUAGUAGGCCAUUCCUACAUCGUAUAUGGACCUCUUCUAGCCGGCGCCACUACGGUAUUGUUCGAAGGUAAACCAGUUGGAACACCCAAUGCAGACACUUUCUGGAGAGUGCUAGACGAACACAAAGUCAAUACAAUGUUCACCGCGCCAACUGCUCUUCGUGCAGUCCGGAAAGAAGAUCCCGAGAACACGUUCUUUACCAAGCGCGGGGAGAAUGGAGGAUUAAAAAAUUUGCGUGCUCUGUUCCUCGCUGGAGAGCGUAGUGAGCCAAGUAUCGUCACGAUGUACGACGAGCUGGUAGGCAAGCACUGCGCUCCGAAUGCUACCGUGAUUGACAACUGGUGGUCAUCGGAAUCCGGAUCGCCCAUGACUUCACUUGCACUACUUCCUGGAACCGCACUCGACUUCAAGGAUCGGAAUUACUACAAACCAUUACCCAUCAAACCAGGUUCUGCAGGCAAGCCCGUGCCAGGUUUCGACGUACGCGUGGUAGACGACGAUGGCAAACCGAUUCCGAACGAGAGCAUGGGCAACAUCGUACUGGGAAUGCCAUUAGCUCCGACAGGCCUCACAACCCUCUGGCAAGACGAAGACAGAUUCUACCGUGGCUACCUCAAGCGUUUCGACGGAAAGUGGGUCGACACUGGUGAUGCAGGCAUGAUAGAUGCAGAUGGUUACGUGCACGUUAUGAGCCGAGCAGACGAUAUCAUCAACGUUGCAGCACACCGUCUCUCCACAGGUGCCAUCGAGCAGGCAAUCUCUUCACAUCCCGACAUCACAGAGGCUGCAGUCGUUGGAUUUCCAGAUGCCAUGAAGGGCCAUGUUCCCUUUGCAUUCAUCGCAAUCGCCAAUCCGCCUGAAGGUCUCCUCAAAGAUCUCAAUGCGAAGUUGAGACAUCACAUUGGGCCGAUUGCUAGCCUGGCAGGCUUCAUCGCUGCGCCUGGUAUAAUUCCAAAGACUCGCUCUGGCARGACGCUCCGACGCUGUCUGAAAGAGAUUCUUGAGCAUGCAGUGGAAGGAGAUUUUGAUAAGGAUGUGGUGUACCCCGCCACUAUCGAGGAUGCCAGCGUGGUUGAGAAGGCCAAGGCUGCCGUGAAGGAAUACUUUCUGAAUGGUGAGGGCUCAAAGCUCAAGGCCAAACUCUGA